CUGCGUGGUUUUCUUGUGGUUUGUGUUGUUGUUUUUUGUUUGUGUUGAUUGCUUCGACCUGUAAUGACAGGAAGGUGAAUGCCAGCGCUUCGGCGGAUCUGAGAGACGCCCCACUUUUACAGCCAAACGUGACCGUGUUUGAGUGCUUUGGAUGUGCGGUCAGAACUUGGCACAGUUUGCGUUAGAUGUGCCAGACUUCGCGCUUUAAAAGGGACGACGGGAGCAAUUAAGCAGACCGGAGAGCUUUGUGUAAAACGCAAGAGAAGAACAAAAAACAACAACAACAAAAAAAUCCGGAAAACUUCAGAGCGGAGCGAUAUGGAUCAUUUAUCCAAACAAAAUGUGUUAGUGGUGGAAUUCAACUCAUUUUCUAUGUAAAAGACCGCGUGGAAAACCAACCGCACUCAUGGUAAGACUCGGCACGUCGGUUCGCCUGAGCGUAUUUCCAGAAGAAAAGAUGGAAAAACGGUUCACAUGACCGAAGAACCGAUGACCUCAUGUGGAAUCGCCCAUAUUUCGGCAUUUACCCGCUUGCAUCACUUCACAGCCAGCAGUCGGGGCGAUCCGGUGAAGCCGAUGAGUUUAGUCAUGGCCGAUCGCGGCUCGCAUCCCCUUCCACGGAGCUCGGGUCUGAGGGUGUCGACCAAAAGCAAAGCACCAACCCCGCCAGGACUGAAAAACCUGGACUCGCCGGGUCUCUGCCAGUGGUACCCAGGAACCCUUCAUUUGACCAUGGAACAGAAGGAGAACCUCAUUGAUACCGACCUCUCGCUGGUCGUGGUUCUGCCCGGCGGGGUAGAAGAAGUGACCACGGUCCAUGGAAGCAAACCCCUGAUGGAUCUAUUGGUGACGCUUUGUGCAAAGUAUCACCUCAACCCAUCAAGCCACACCUUAGAACUGGUCACCGGCAACAAGAACAAGACCAAACUCAAGCCCAACGCUCUCAUAGGAACACUGGAUGCAGAGAAGAUCAUACUUAAACCCAAAGGGGAGGACAGGAACAAGAAGACAGGUCCUCAGAUGCCUGAGGCAACCGUUCGGAUGGUGAUAAACUACAAACAGACCCAGAAAACGAUCCUACGCGUUAACCCUCGCAUUCCCCUGGCUGAACACCUACCGGCCAUCUGUGAGAAAUGUGAAUUUGACAUUGAGACUACGGUUCUGUGGAGAGAUGUUCAAUCACUGGCCCCUUUGGACUUGUCCAACUCUCUAAACGAUUAUGCAAUAAGGGAAGUUUAUGCAAGAGACACUAAAGGACAACCGUCUUUCCCAGUGUGUCCAGCCUCACCUACGCUUGGAGGGGCAGUGAUGCCAGGCAAAGAUAAAAAUCAGAAAGAGAAAGAAAACAAAGGGCUCUUCAGCAAGUUUAGAAAAAGCAAGAAGAAAUCCGACCAGGCAACCACGGCCAGUGCCCCGGCGUCUCCCGUGCUGGUGAGCAAGCCUCGACCUCUCAGCAUGGCCUUACCUAGCUCCAAUUCGUCUCCGUUCAGCUUGCCUACGCUAUCCACCGACGUGCCCAAGAAGAGACGUGCACCCCCACCCCCUAUCGUGGUGUCCCAGAGCUGCCCGUCGGAACUCGGCGCUCGCCGGCGGCUUAACUCGGAGCCUACUGCCCAACUCGACAGUGACCAGAUGGCCGGUUUGAGUCGCGGGUCCUCAGCGGAGUCGUCGUUAAAGAGAACCAAACGCAAGGCACCUCCACCGCCCACGUCUCCUAGUGCCGUUGUCCAAGAAGCGGUUCAUCUGGACGAAAGUUUGCAAGGGGUGACGGCUGUUAACACACUGGAGGAGAUUAUGGAACAAGAGGAGACCACCGUUUCACUAAAGGCCAGCGAUACUCUGGGAGAGGCCUGCAGCCUCAACACGUCUGCUGCUGGUGUUUCGUUGCAUUCCCCCUCGCCACAUACCGAGAUACUGGCCACGAUGUCCAUGGAGAGCAAUGGGGAAGAUCAGUCUGGUGAUCUGUCCUCAGAUGGCGAUCCACUGCAGAGCACAGUGAAUGAUUCAUUAACUGUGAGUGAUGUGGGAACAACUGAUGACACCGAUGCAUCUCAAGUGGCCGAUACCAAUAGCGGUUCGGGUCCAGUUGGAAAUGUGAGCCAACACCCGAUGUGUGAAGAAGAGUCAACAAGCCAAAGUGUCCGGGGUGACUGCAGCACCGUAGCCAGCGUCCCCCCCCCGCUUGCGAUGCAGGAUGCAGAAGCGCCGGCGUGUCUCCACACCGUAACCCCCUGGGGGCAGACAGACGGGUCGGAGAGCCCCGCUGGAGGGCAUGCUGAAGUGCAAACUGAUUACCCCCCACCACCACCACCACCACCUGUGUCCCCACCACCACCACCACCUGUGUCCCCACAACAACACCUAGGACAAGUCCCUUCCUCCGUUAAUUCACCUGCCUUUGAGUCAAUGGCAAAGCAAGAUAUGGCCGCUGUGAUGCAUGAAGAGGACUCGCCCAAUCUCAAGCAGGCCUUGUCCCUCACCUCGGAGACCAUAUCGUGCCAAGACUCAACGCCAAGUAUUCCUGCCACAACAAAGGCGCCAUCUAUUUACGCCACAAACUCUGAGCCAAAGCCCAAGCCUUCCAACGAGCUAACAAGGGACUACGUUCCCAAGGUGGGGAUGACGACGUAUACCAUCGUGCCUCAGAAGUCUCUCGAGAAGCUGAGAUAUUUUGAAGUUGCCUUGACACUGGAGCCGCCUCCCGAAGCUCCGGAAGGGGGGCCGCACGGCGAGUCCCUUCAGCUGGAGGAGAGCACAGCGCCGGGGGAACAGACGGAAGUCUCACAAGAAAAAAGUGAGCCGCGAUCUGCUACAGAGUUACUGACGAGCACCGCUACUACCCAAGACACCGUUAAUGGAAGUGUAGCUGAAUUCAUUCAUUCCUCGUCACCAACAGCACUACUGCAAACAGGUGACAGUGUAGUAUCGUCUGCUAAUGGGGCAUCUCAAGCAGGUUCACCAGCAGAAGUCAAAGAGAUGAAAAUUCCACCUGCAACUAAACCUAAACCCGGUUCUUUCCGCUUGGCACAGCAGAAAAAACCACCUGGGUAUUAUGUAACCUCAGCAGCGGAAAAGAAUGUCGGCGCCGGUCCUCGGCCCGGCCAGAAGGAGUCUCAAAGAAGUGCGGGGAGAGCAAAGUUACCACCCCCUCCGUUUCCGCCUCAUGUGCAGUGUGGAGUGGAGACAACGGGGGCCUCUAAUGUUGAGCUGAGCCCUAAGGGGAAUGAUAAGAAUGUAGCAACCAUGCGAAUGACCAGGCAGAGUAGUUUGCCAUCUAAAGAACCAAGCACAGGGUUAAGCUUGGAGAAAUUAAGGAGCUUUGCAGCCCCGAGGCCCUAUUCCCCUGCAACCCCAUCCCGCUUCGCCCAGGCGGUGUCCUCUGCUGUAAGAAGGAGCCAGUCCUUUUCCCGCGGGCCAACGUCGCCCAACUUGCCUGCUUCCCCACCCUUCUCCGCGACUCGCUCUCCAGUCACAGAGUCGGACGGACUGUCUCCGUUCGAGGAUGGCAAAAAGAAAGCGGUGGAUGCUGACAAAGGCUCCACUCCCACAGCUGGUAGAGGUGGAACUGGCCUCUUUUUAUUGAGAUUGCUCAUAUAGAAGGAAAGAGCAGUCCAUAGCAGUGCCUUGAUUCUUCUGACAAUAGACCAGCUACUGAGGAGCUUAUCCUGUCUGCUUUGAGUUUUCCAGAAACCUUCAAUCCAUGACGCAGACGCAGGGACUUGUUGUACUUUUUUGGGUAGUCCCCAACAAUGUAAAUUAUGUAUUUUGAUCAUUAAUAAUUGUAUUUUGGUUUAAUAUCCCUUGCUCUGACCUGCAUAUUUGAAUGCUUCAGUUUUAUUUUGUGUGAUGAACAUUUAGCAUUUAAUGCAAGACUGUUAUGUGUGUUUAUUAAAUGAGAACAAUUCUAUAAAUUAUUAGGAAAUCUAUUAUCUAAAUAAUACUGGAUUUAUAAGAUUGACCAUGUCCAACCGAUGGUUCUUAAAUGCUUAGACUAUAUAUAAAAUCUAUAUUUAAGUUUUACGGUGUUUUGAUUAAGCGAUAUCCAGAAAUACACUGAUGUGCACAGCGCACAUUAUUCUGUCAAGUUGAUAUGAAUAAAGAUUUUAUUUCCGAUGUCUUUAUUAAAGUCGUUGCCCUCA